AUGGACAUUUACUGGUGUGAGUCUGAAUCUGGAGAAAACAGUAAUCCUGUCAACAUAACAGUGCGUGAGAGACCAGAGGCAGUACUGAGUGUAUCUCCACAGAGCUGGCUGACUGAAGGAGACUCACUGACUCUCAGCUGUAAGGUUACAAACUCCUCUACAGACUGGACAUUCAGCUGGUACAGAGAGGUUCCCUACAGAGAUGGCCUACUUCAAUUAAAAAAUAAUCAUAGCUAUGUGGAUCUCCUCUCAGACAGCAGCAGAGGAUCUGGAGGCAACUACACUCUCAGUCCUGCUGCUCGUAAUCACACAGGAGUUUAUAGGUGCAGAGGAGAGAGAGAACAAUUCUUUACAAAGUUCAGCAACCCACAGCCAGUAUGGAUCAUUGGUAAAUCUCCUCCAGUCUCUCUGAUCAUCAAUCCCAACAGAACUCAACACUUUACUAAUGACUCUCUCUCACUGAGCUGUGAGGACCAGUGUAACUCUACUGGAUGGACAGUGAGACGAUACAAACAGAAUAACACAGGAUCAAAUUGUUCACAGUGGGGAUCAGUUACAGGAUCUACAUGUGAAAUCAGCUCCCUCUCCACAUCCUACACUGGAGUUUACUGGUGUGAGUCUGAAUCUGGAGAAAACAGUAAUCCUGUCAACAUCACAGUGCAUGAUGGUAAUGUGAUCCUGGAGAGUCCUGUCCAUCCUGUGACUGAGGGACGUCCUCUGACUCUACGCUGUUUAUAUCGCAGCACAAAGACCUCAAACCCCCUAGCUGAUUUCUAUAAAGAUGGAUCAGUUCUCCAGAACCAGACUACAGGAGAGAUGAUCAUCCAUAAGGUCUCAAAGUCAAAUGAAGGUUUCUACCACUGUAAACACCCAGAGAGAGGAGAGUCACCGAAAAGCUGGGUCUCGGUCAGAGUAGCCAGACAUGGUGGGACAAAAGGAGUGACUGUGGGACUGAGUUUGGCCAUUUCCUUUAUUGCUUUUAUAAUAUUAUUGCUGUGGUGCUACAAAAUAAAGAAAGAUCUGUUUCUCUCUGUAGAAAAGCAUCAGAAACCCAAUCACACAUCAGAUCAGAAAUUGAGCCGGUCAGGAGCUGAAGACUCUCAGUCAGGACACACACCACUUCAUGCUGGCGAAGCUGCAGCUGAGAGCAGUGAUGUCACUUAUGCACAGGUUACAAAGAAAAAGAGAAAGAAUGAUGCUGAACCCAGUGGUAGUGAUGUGACUUAUGCUGAACUUGAAAUAAAACCAAAGAAAAAAUCUGUAGGAGAAAUAGUGAGCCAUGUGUCUGUGGAUGAUGAUGAAGUGAUGGUUAAUUAA